AUGUCUACAAAAGUGCACGGUCAGAAGCGCCGAGCCGACUCGGCCUCGAGCGCACCCCCGACCAAGUCGGCCAAGUUCUCCGACGGCUGGAAGAAGAACAAGCCCGCUGGCAAGCCCGCCGGCAAGUUCAACAACAAGGGCGCCGCCCCCAAGGGCAAGGGCAAGGCUCCCGCAAAGAAGGAGAAGGAUGCCGACGACACGCCCGCCCAGAAGCGCAAGAAGCCCGUGACGCAGGGCGGCGGCGACGAGAGCGAUGUCUCGAUGGGUGACGACGAGUUCCUCGACGACGAGUACGACGAGAUGGACGUUGAGGAGCAGGAGCAGGGCGAGCAGGGCAAGCCGGAGAAGCGCGGCAAGAUGAGCAAGGCUGAGCGUGCGGCUCUGCACGCUGCGCAGCCGCAUCGCACGACGCUCCUGCCCUCUCACGCGCUCCUGCAGGAGAUCCUGCCGGUGUGGGAGCAGGCGCGCCAGUCCGAGAUGCCCAAGGAGGAGAGGAAGAAGGCGAUCGCCGACCUGUACGCUACGGUCAAGGGACGUAUUGCGGAGAUUUCGCGUGGACACCGAGGAGCUCGUAUCCUCCAGACGUAUGGCGGAAAGGAGGAGCGCCUGGGCGUGGCGAUGGAGCUGCAGCCGAUGUGGCGCGCGAUGAUGGAGUCCAAGUACUCCAAGUUCCUCAUGGCCAAGCUGAUCCGGUACUGCCCCUCGAUGCGCCCGCUCCUGAUCCCCGUCAUCAGCCGGCACCUGACCUCUCUCCUCUUCCACGCCGACGCCGUCCAGCCCGUGUCCGAUUUUUACGACCUCUGGGCUUCGGCCAAGGAGCGCCGUCUGCUCGUUCGCGGUUUCUACCCGCGUGAGAUUGCCAUCUUUGACGGCGGCAAGGGCGGUGCGGACGUCCCGGGACUCGAGGGCUCGCUCGAGUCGAUGAACGAGGCUGGCCGGGAGCGUGUGCUGGACGCGUGCGAGGAGCGCGUUCUCGAGGUCUUCAACGCGACGCAGAAGACUGCGCUUGCGCAAUCCAUCUUCCACCGCUUCGUCCACGAGUACCUCACGUGCAUCUACCGCUUCCUGUCCCCCGAGGCCGCGGCCAAGAAGUACAAGGAGCUGCUUGACGCCUCGCUCGAGUCGCUCGCCGAGAUCGUGCACACGAAGGACGGCAGUGCCGUCGUGCGCUGCAUGCUCGUCCACGGCGGCGCCAAGGACAGGAAGUCGAUCCUGCAGAACCUGCGCAAGCACACAGAGGCGAUUGCAAAGGACGGCGACGCGCAGCAGGUGCUCUUCACGGCCUUUGACGUGGUGGACGACACGAAGAUGAUGGGCAAGGCGUUCGUUUCCGACCUGGUGGGCCUGGCGCCCGAGCUCGCGUUCGACAAGACGGGCAAGCGCGCGCUCCACUACCUCCUCACGCCCGAGGCGAGCCGGCACUUCCUGCCCUCGACGCUUGCGUCGCUUGCCGCGUCAGCUCUAGAGGCGCGCGAGCUGGGGACGUCGAAGAAGGACCCCGCCGUGCGCCGCAAGGAGAUUGUCGGGUACGCGUCGCCGGGCCUGCUCGAGCUCGUGGCCGAGAAGGGCGAGGCGCUCGUGCGCGACCCGGGCGCCGGCCUGCUCGUGCAGGACAUCAUGCUGUACAGUGUUGGCGACAAGGGCGCGGCCAUUGCGGCGCUGACGGCGCCGCUCCAAGCCCCCCUGACGGGCGACGGCACACACCCCCUCGAGCUCGCGCACGCGACACGGACGUACAAGACCCUCUUCACCGGCGGCCACUUCAGCAUGGUCAGCAAGCAGAUCGAGGUCGUCGACGGGCAGCUCGGCGGCGACGUCGCCUCUGCAGCUUGGGACGCCAUCGCGUCCGAUGACGCCGGCGCCUCGGCCAAUGUCGCCAAGGUCGCGGCCGCGGCGCCUUUCGUCGUCCUCGAGCUCGUCGAGGCGCUCGCCAAGACGGACAAGAUCGACGAGGCCAAGGCGAUCCUGACGUCGGAGGCUGUGGCCGAGGCCGUGGGGGAGAGCGAGAUGAAGGGCGCCGCCGCGCUCAAGGAGCGUCUGGCCGCGCUCUAA